UUAAAUUGUAAAAUUUGCAAAACCGGAAAUAGCCCACACGUCAAAACAUAUUGAAAAUGAAUUUCCUAGGGUCGUUUUUUGGUUUCUUUAAUGAUAAUGACAGUUAAUACAACAUGGAUGGAAUCUUUUGGACAAGGACUGAGAAGAAACAAUGGAUGAUUGGGCUAUUCUGUGGAUGUGCGACUCUAUACUCAUGCCGGACAGUUAUGCCACUGGUGGCUGUUCCUAUGGCCAAAGAGAUGGGAUGGGACAAAACAGAGUCUGGGUCAGUGUUGUCAGCAUUUUUCUGGGGCUACACAAUGACCCAGUUUCUCGGAGGCUAUUUGAGCGACCGAGUGGGUGGUGAUGUUGUCCUACCCAUCGCGGCAUGCUGUUGGUCUCUCGUCACGUUCUGGACGCCACAACUGACCUACCUGUUUGAAGAUAAAUAUCUUACUCUACGGUUGAUUAUCUUUUCUAGAGUGCUACUUGGAGUCUUUCAAGGUUUUCACUACCCUGGUUUUAGUUCUUUAAUCUCGCGGAAGAUUCCCGAACAUGAGCGUUCCCUAACUUACAGUAUAGUUUGCUCUGGUUCCCAUCUCGGAACGCUGUUUUGUGGAAGUAUAGGAUCUCUUAUACUAGAGUCAUAUGGAUGGCAAAUAGUAUUUUAUUUUCUAGGCCUGAUUGGUUUGAUUUGGAUGCUAUGUAUGCGUUACCUGCUGAUCGAUCGACACCGUCAGAAGUACCUACCUGUGAUAUUGUCUGAGAAGAAACCCCCUCCUAAGGAAACAUCCACUCCCUGGACGAGCCUCUUCUUUAAAUCAGCAUUCUGGUCUCUCAUCAUUGGUCAUUUCUGUGAGAACAACGCAUUCUUUAUUCUGUUGUCAUGGCUUCCAACAUACUUCCAUGAAAACUUCCCUGAUGCCAAGGGCUGGGUGUUCAACGUAGUUCCGUGGGUUGUAACUAUACCCAGCUCCAUAUUUGGCGGUUGGCUCGCUGACCUCAUGAUUACCAAAGGUUGGAGUGUAACUUUUGUAAGAAAGUUUAUGAAUACAAUCACAAUGUUGGGUACAGCGUUUUUCCUGGUGGUAAUCUCAUACACAACGUCAUACGAGGGUGCGCUUGUGUGUAUGGCACUUGCGGUCGCGUGCUGCGGAUUCCACAACAGCGGCAUUCUAGUCAACCCACAGGACAUAGCACCUAAACAUGCAGGAUCUGUGUUUGGCAUCAUGAAUAUGGCAGGGGCUAUCCCGGGGUUCAUAGGGGUGUACAUGGCGGGCCAUAUUCUUGAAGUGACUAAGAGCUGGAGUGCAGUGUUUAAUCAGACAGCGGCUGUGUCAGUGUUUGGAUGGAUCGUCUACACUAUAUUCGGCACUGGAAAACAAAUCAUCUGAAAGAUCCAGUGAAGAUUUCAGGCAACUCAUGAUUCACUUUUGAAAACAAGAAAUCUGAACGAUUCAGUGACAAUUGCUGACAAUAUGUGAUUCUCUUGUGAAAAAAAAAUCAUCUGAAUGAUCCAGGCCAGUGAAGAUAGCUGGUUAUUUGUGAUUCUGUUGUGAUAUUUGUUGGUGCAUAAUGUGUGUACAGAUGCAUAAUGCAUACCUCACAAAUAUUUGUGAGGGUUUAAAUGGGUCCAUAAAGUUUUAUUAGACGGGAGUUUUUUAGCCAGUGGUGAGACAGAGACAGAGAUAUGGAUAUUUUUCUAGAAAAUGUUUAAGGGAUUGAUGUAAAGAUUCUUUUUAUUUUCACUUAUAUUUGAUAUAAUGAUUUGUUGUCCUGUAAGAGCUUUUCACUCAUGUCUAUAUCCACAUUUGUCAAAAAUACCAAGAAAUAAGGGUUCAUCUAAUUGAUGGCUCUGCAGGGUUGGGGAGGCGGGAGUGAUAUCCUUACCCCUUAAUAUCUCAACACCUUGUGGAACAUUACUGAUUACCCCCCCAUCCCACCUCCCCACCCCCUAGCUGAUCAGCGCAACUGGAUUGAGAUGGUGAACACAUGCUAGAAUCAACAACUAGUCUUAUGGGGUUUUUUGUAUUUAACAUCUCAGUUGUAAAUAAUUAACACCAUUAUGUAAAUAAUUUCUUCAAAUUCAAAGUGUAACCCUGAAGACAAACAUUAAAAAAUUCUUGCACCAAAAAAAACUGGUGUCACUCAAUUUCAAGAGGCUUGUGUUAUCAGAUCGGAAAAGAGUAAAAAUCUUGUUUAGAAAACAGUGUGUGUUUUCUGAUCAGUUUAAGGCCGAAAUUUAGAGGAAUUCCUAGUGCUAAAAUCCCAACAAGGGAAAGAAAAUUUCAUUUUUUUAAAUAUUAAACAAUUCUGUGAAAGGAUGAUUUCAGUCAGAAAUAAAAGUAUUUGUGAAAAGAUUAUCUUUUCUCUCAGGAACGAACCUUAUCACAGUCACUUACUACCCCUGUCUAUUUUCAUAUAGCUUUUAUGUAUACAUAUAUAUAUAUCUUGGAUAAAUGGGAAUUCAGAAUUUUAGGAAAAUCAAUGCAUUUUUUUCCAAUGAGAAAGGCCUAAGCCUAUUUCUCAAAGUGGUGAAAAAACAUUGGAUUAAGAUAAAAUACUUAUUGAUAUGUAUUGGUAGACUGUUACAAUCUUGUAUUGACUGGUAUUAGUUUUAGUAAGUUAAUGUUUUGUUUUAUUAAUGAUGUAAUUGUAGUUUGUUAAUGUUAAUCAUAGUAAUGAAAUGUGUAAAAACUUCUUAUUAUCAUACAGGGAUGGUAAUGUUCAGCUCUAGGAUUAAUCCUGAAAUCCAGAUUGAGGCUUUCAAUUUCAGACUAUCGUACUGUUAUAAAGUUAGUUUUUGGCAAAAGCUUUGCCUAAAAAUUGGCAAAAAUACCUUGAAUUGGAUUUAAAUGGCUUUGGACACAAUCUCAACAUGGGGUAUAUAAUGUCUGUAGCCUUGCUUGGGGACUGAAUCCUUAUACUCACACUAAAUUUUCAGAAUUGGAAUUUCUGUGUGUUCAAUCGGUAAUCCUCGGCCUUCUCCACCGUACGAAGACUAUCAGCAAGUUAAAACUGAUACACAGUAAAGAGUAUAAUUGCAUAAAUAAUUAAUAUUCCUUAGAGUGUAUUCCUUAAUCUAAACUGCUGUGUUGAAAUUACUUAGGGAUCUACAUGCAGCCUAGUAAAAUGAAACGAAUUCUGGCAUUGUAAACAUCCAUAUACAUCCAAAGUAUGAAGUUUUGCUGGAAAAUGGCCAAAGUGCUAUGAUUGCUAUCUAUUACCAUCCUCAAUUAUACUGUAUCUUUAUAUGCUGUCAGUGCCAUAGGAAAAUGUGAUGUAACUUUUUUUUAUGAUUAAACCUGUGCUAAGAAGGUCCAAAAAUUAAUUAAAUAUUUACUAUGAUUUUUCUUGCCAAAUUGUUCAUAAAGAUUUAUGCUUCCAAAGAUUGUGCAAGAAAUAUUGUAUCAAACGUUAUUGCCAUUUAGUAUGCAAUGCUAGUGAAUAAUUAAAUGCAUAUUCAUAAACCUUUUUUUAUUAGUAUUAUAGAGUAAACAAUAAUUAUCUUUGGUAUAACUUAAAAUGAAAACAUUGGGCCGAUUGUCCAGAACUUUGUUGAAGUUAUCAUCCUUGUAAACUGCAAUGUUGUUAAUUUUUAAAAAGUGAAAUAUUUUAUAUUGUGAUUAUAUAUUUCAAUAAAGCUAUGACAGAUGUCCAUAUAGCUUAAAGAGCAGUAGAGAUUUGAAAGUUAAGAACAAUGACAAAGUUCUGAACUUUGAACUCCGGUCGAAUGCAUUGAGUUUAGUUUGAAAUUUAUAAGAUACAUUGGUUCAAGAAAAAAAAAUCGGAUUUAAAGGUUGUUAUAGGUAGAUUAUAAAGAUAUUAAAUAUACAUAUAUUAGAUGCUUCCAAAAUAUUUGCCUUCAUGUUUGCUGUAUUUUAAGCUCUUCUAUUUUUUUGAAGAAAAAAAGUCUAGGUAUUUUCAUAGCCAUGGUCAUUGUCGUUGUCAGCAUCUAUUUCAUUGUGCAAAAUCCUUACCUUGCCAUAAUUGUAAAAUUGUUGGUAUUAUAUUUAUUCUUAUGAAACUUGGUACACAUGCUCCCAGGGAAAAUACAGACAUAUGCAAGGCCCAUAACUCUGGCUUUCAUAAUUUUUAAGUAACAAACCUUGAUUGAAUUGGGUAUAAAACAGGACAAGUGUUGACGUUUAAUCUGCAAAAACUUUGUUAUGAUUUAUCACAUUUUGUAAAAUAGAUGGAGAUUGUAGUUAUUUAAACUGUAUUUUGUUCAUGACUUAUUGUUAAAAUGUACAAGUUAAGUCAAUAAACAUGACAAUCCUG